UAUGCAGGCCUUCAUUCUGGGCCCACAUUGCUUUACCGCACAGGCAAAAAGUGGUUCCCACCCAGAGGACCUGAAGCCUAUCACUGUUUGAAAGAGCUGCGCCCAGUCUACAACCAUCUGAUUAUAACAGUCUGGAACAAUGACUUGGGCUGGAAGGUUGUUAAAGUUUUAGAUGCUCAUACAAUCCACUUUACAACAAUAGAUGUUGUUCGUUUCAAGAUGGCCCAGUUCAAUGAACUAUCUGAGGAUGAAAAAGAUGCUGAUGAAGAAACAGUACAGGCUAAGAAACCAGUUAUUGGUCCUGUCACUAUUUGGAUUGGUGUCAUCUCUGAGUCUACCUCUGCCACAGCUGCCCAUGAUGCAGCUCAGGACAUUCUAGCCCUUCUCAAGGACUAUCAGAUCACUGAUGUUGAUGUUGACUUCUGUGAGUCC